AUGGCCUGCUUCGUCUAUAUCAAUGGCUACCCGGGCGUCGGCAAACUCACCAUCGCCAACGCCCUCUCCAAACUCAUCUCGCGUAGCCGCGUCUUCCACAACCAUCUAUUGAUCGACCCUGUUGCCGCAAUGCUCGACCGAGACAACACAGAGGCCUACAACGAUCUGAGAACCACAUUCCGCAGACAUGCCCUAGACUCCAUCGCCACGCAUCCUGCGCUUGCGAACAAGACCUUCAUCUUCACAGACGCGCGCGAGUCGGGUCUUCUCGGCAGCGAAGCGGCGCAAGAUUACAAGGCGGCUGCUGAGAGAAGAGGCGUGCCGUUCAUCUCGGUCGUGUUACAUUGUGACGUGGAUGAGAAUGUCAGGAGACUUGGAGGCCGGAGACGUGCCGGGCUUGAUGAGGCGGCUAGUAAUACCAAGUUGACCGACGGUGAGAUUCUGAGAAAGAUUCGAGAGGAGGAAAGCAUCUUUCAGUUUGCGGACGAAAACGAAAUGUGUCUAGACGUCACAAGUCUGGAGCCUGAUCAUUCUGCGCUCCUGAUUUUACAACACAACCUUGCCCUGGAUAGCUCCGGCGACCUGUUCCCUGGUAGCCCGGGCCUCCAGCAUCGUCCUAUCCAGUGGCUCGCUUAG